GCAUUACGUAUUAAUUACAAAAUUCCGCCUCCCCCUUGUGUUUACGAUUGGUGUAUCUGUGAUUCUAAAAACUUUGACGUCCGAACAUCUGACUGACCGUAUGGAGACUGUGCAUCGGCGGCAAUUGUGACAGAUCAUGUGCUUUCGCUAACGGUGCGUUUUUAAUCUUGGGACAUGUUAUGUUUUUGAGGAAAUUUGUGUUACACACUGCAGGUAAUAAAUAAACAUAUAGAGAUUACAAACAUAACUAAAUGAAAGACAAAAAUUUGUUUUGCAACUCAGUUAAGACCGCACCUCUUGUGUAUUAUAACAACAGCUUAUGUGGGUACACGUGAGUGAGAUUGUACUCAUUAUUUAAUUGUGACCACAUCAUCUACGGCGUGCUGGCAUUUAAUGUAUACAAUGAUCUCCAGAGAAAGUGAAUGUACGUUUUAUAUGCUGCGUGACUGACGAGAAAAGGCGGACAGUGAAGAUGGCACAUUCACUAUACAUAUAGAACUGCAGCCAUGGACCAGAAGCCACUUGUAUGGAUGAAAAAAGAGGAAACAGAUGAAGUACCAACUGAGUCAGGCUCCAUAUUUGUUGAAGAUCUAUUGGAACUAUCUUGGUCCACUGAUUUUGUCAAGGAAGAUCCUGGAGUAAAUGUUGAAGUGAAUGUAACACAGAAUAUCGUGGAAACCUCAAAAAGAUACACGUCUGAUAGUGCAAGACUGAUUCAAAGUGGGAGCUGCGGCAUUUCAUGUGAAGAAACUUAUCACCAUGGACUGGUCAAGGAUGAAACGGAGGUAGGCAGAGAGAAGUCAACACAUGAGUUUGAUACUCAUACAGAAGAAUUAACUGUGAAUGAGGGUAGCUCAUUUGUCAGCAGAUAUAAUUGUGGUAUUAAGGAAAAUGAAUUUCAUGUGUAUAGUUGUAAUUUCUGCCUACAGAGCUUUACUUCAAAAUACAGGCUGAUAAUGCACGUGUUUAUGCACAUUGAUGGCACGCAGCCACCUUUGUAUGUUUGUAAGUGGUGUGGUGAAGUAUUUCACAGCAAUGUCAGCUUGAAAAAACAUUUGCGAAUGAGCGACAAUCAUAAAAUCUUAACUGCUGGCAAUCAUGAGAAAUAUGGCUGUAGUGAUGAGUCCCAAAGCAGUACCUCCUUGGACAGUGAGCCAGAAGUUUCUGUCACAGAGCAAAAUGAACAGUCUUCAUAUAAGGAAACUUGGAACGCUUCAAACAAUUCGUCUAAUUACAUCUCGUCUAAUUACAUAUGUAACACACACAUGACAAACGAUGCAGAGAAAACAAGGGAAUAUGGAACUUCAUCUACAGCUAUUGAAUGCAGUGCCCAAGCAGCUGUGGUUAGUGCAAACAGAACCCACAAAUGUGAUAUUUGUGGCAAAUGUUUUGCUAGGUCACGUAAUCUGAAGACACAUGCAUUACUUCACACUGGAGAGAAACCUCACAAAUGUGGUAUUUGUGGCAAAUCUUUUGUUGCGUACGGUACUCUCAAGAAACAUGCAUUAAUCCACAGUGGAAAGAAACCUCACAAAUGUGAUACUUGUAGCAAAUCUUUUGCUAUGUCAGCUGAUCUCAAGAAACAUUUAUUCAUACACAUCGGAGAAAGAUGUCACAAAUGUGAUGUUUGUGGCAAAUCGUUUUUUAUGUCGGGUGAUCUCAAGAAACACACAUUCACACACACCGGAGAAAGACCUCACAAAUGUGAUAUUUGUGGCAAAUCUUUUGCUCUGUCAGGUAAUCUCAAGAAACACGCAUUCGUACACAAUGGGAAAAGACCUCACAGAUGUGAUACUUGUGGCAAAUCUUUUGCUAUGUCAGGUGACCUCAAUAAACAUAUAUUCAUACACACUGGAAAAAGACCUCACAAAUGUGAUGAUUGUGGCAAGUCUUUUGUUAGGUCAGGUGAUCUCCAGAAACAUGCAUCCACACACAAUGGAAAAAGACCUCACAAGUGUGAUAUUUGUGGCAAAUCUUUUGCUAGAUCAGGUAAUCUCAAGCAACAUGUAUUCAUACACACCGGAAAGACACCCCACAAGUGUGAUAUUUGUGGCAAAUCUUUUGCUAGGUCAGGUAAUCUUAAGCAACAUGUAUUCACACACAUCGGAAAAACACCUCACAAAUGUGAUAUUUGUUGCAAAUCUUUUGAUGGAUCAGGUGAUCUCAAGUUACAUGUGUUAACACACACUGGACUGUAAACCCACAAGUGUGAAAUCUGUGACAACACUUAACACUGAGUUGGGUAGUCUCAAGAGUUAUGCAUUGGUACACUCUGGGAAAACACCACAAAAUUGUAGUAUUUGAGGCAAAUCUCUUACACAGCUGGCUUAUCUCAAGUGAUGUGUUGUUACACUGGAAACUGACCUCACAAAUAUGAUUGCUGUAGCAAAUAUUUUGCUGUGUUGGGUAUUCUCAAAGCACUUGCAUUACUUUAUAUAAGAAAGAAGGCACAAAUAAGUGUUACUUGAAGCAAAUAGGUGUCUACCAUAGGUCCUCUCAAUUGCCACAAAAUAUGGAUGUUGCAGGAAGACAAUAAAUUUGUGAUACCUUUGAAUUGACAUUAAAAUGUGCAGAAUUGUGAAAAACUGGGUAAUAAUGUCUACCACGCAGUGGUCAUAAAUAAUGUUACAAUGUAUAAAUCCUUGUAUGUAGUUUGAGGUGACUCCUACAAAAAAAAAGUGAGUCAAAUGUGUUUGUCAUUAAUGCAGCUAUUUUUCCUAUUUAUCUGCACACAGAGGUUUCGAUUUGUGUCAAAUCCAUUAUAUAUGUCACUAAUCAUAAAUAUCUUGCUGUAUUCAGUACAGGGUCAAGAAAAUGCGAUGGUUUGCCUGUUAUUAUAUGGAAGAUAGUCAUGUGCUACAUUCAGCUCUGCAUUUUAGGCACAGUGACAGCAAAAAUACAAAAUGAUUCUAACUAUUGCCUCCUAGAAUAACCAUGAAAGUAUGAUGGUAGCUGAAAAUUUUGUGGGACAAAUGUUGCAUGGGACAGCAGAGGCCAUAAUAUGGCGGGUUUUUUGUUCCUAGAUGGGGUUCCUUCAGAAAUAUGAAUGUCAACUAUUUUUUUGUAUUUAAAUGGGGUGCUGUAGUUUGGUACUGAUUUUCUGCUAGAGGCUAUCGAGAUGAAUCCAGUGAUGUGCAACAGUAAGAUCUUUGAAGGUCACAAAGGUGGCAAGAACAUCCAUUCACAGAAUGUGUUAGAAGUGAUGACAAUUGGUAUCAGUACAGUGCUGCACUCUUCUUAUCAUGGAUUGAGUGGUAUUCCUUAUUACAUCAGCACUUAUAUAAGCAUGUGCUCUUCUGACAAUUCAGUCGCACUUAUCUUCAGGUCUAGUUGGAAUGUCUUUAUAAAGUCUCUCUUACGAAUCCCCACAAGAAAAAAUCCAGAGCCGUCAAGUCUGGUGAAUGAGCCAGCUACGACACAUCUCCGGCAUGUCCAGACCAAUGAUUUGGAAUUCUCUCUGCAACUCAUUUCUAGCCAUCAGCAAAAAAUGUUCUGCACACCCAUCAUGCUGAUACCACAUUCUGCUCCUUGUUUCUAAAGGUAUUUCUUCCAGAAACUGAACUAACAUUUCUUGCAGGAAUGUGGUAUGCUUCCUAAUAUUAAGAUUUCUUUUGGUGAGAUAGGGAACUAUAAUUCUGUCCUCCAGAAUCCCACACCAUCUAUUCACCAACCAUGGUUUUUGGUGUGCAACUUGCGGCAGCUAACAUGUAUUUUCUGUUGCUCAGUAAUGCAUGUUAUGCAAAUUAACAUUUCCAUAGUUCGUGAAUAUAGCCUUGUCAUAAAAUAAAAUUAAUACAGGUUUCAUCUUUCUGAAUGUGAAGUUGAGCCUAUUGGCAUAAUUCAAUGCAACGCAUACAAUCUGUCCUAAUUCAAUCUUUGUGGAGACUGAUACAGUAAGGAUGAUGUUUAUGGUGAUUCAGAAUAUGAACAACACUACUCUGGCUCUUGCAAUUUGACGAGAACUAACACAAGGAUCUUGAACCACAGUUGCUAGAGUACCAAUCUCUGUUUCCUUAUUAGUAUCUUUCCUUUGUUGGAUAUGUAUCAUAUAUAUUAAAGAACCAGUAGUUCUCAAUUUAUUAUACACAUAUUUAAAUGUAUGCCAUGUAGGGAGAGUAUGUUGAGGAUAUCUUUUAGCGUAAAAUUCUCUAGCUCUCACUGAAUUUCAUUGCCGUUCUACAUAAUUUAGAAGCAUACGACUUGUUCUUCGAAAGAAUACAGCAUUCACAUUUGCUUGAUUUGAUUAUACUAGGCUUAGCAUUCUUAUUAAUGUUGUAUUGUGAAACCGUCAAAUGGUGUUUAUGUGUCAAUGGCACUGUAACAAUAUGAGUCAAGAUAGAUGUAACGGAACUUGAAUAGCGUAUUUGCCUCUAUUGGUUACGGUAGAGAGAUCGACCUUUCUGUCCUGUCUGUAUACUUAUAUAUAAUAUUGCAUGAAUAAAGGCUGGGCGAGUGUAAAGCUAUCGUUAAAAAUGCAUACCACACAAUUUUUUACAAUGUGGUUGAUAAUAAUAACAAUAAUAAUAAUAAUAAUAAUAAUAAUAAUAAUAAUAAUGCUUUUGAAUACAAUUAAAAUAUUACAGCAAUAGCUGUUUAGUGCUAUUGGAAAUGAUAUGUAGUAAAUUAAUGAGUAAGGUAGCCGAUCCUAUAAGAAGAGGUGAAAUUGUGCAUAUUGAGGUGUUUUGCUUUAUAUCGAUGAAUCCAAUGAUACGGCGUCAUUUUUUUGUUUCCUCUUAGAAAUAAACAAGUAAAGAAGUGCUAAUUGUGUUUAGUGAAAAAAUAUAGGGGUGAGUUUUAAAGAACUACAGUAUACAAUUAGAGAAACAAAAGGACAUUUAGUUACACGAAAUCGCAGAUAGCGAAGUGUGGUCAUGAAAUUGAGUACACCUACAGGGUGGUCAAUUCUGGGAUAAAUCUAAACGCAUAUCACGAGAGACGUGGUAUUGAGACCAUUUUUUUUAAUUAUAUCACGGAGAGUGGACUCCAAUUUAUGAAAAGGGGAAAAACUGUAUCAUUAUCAUUGACUGUUGGUGUUGAGCAACCAAAACUGUUCAUCAAAGGGUUUCGAUUGAACUUGGGAGUUAGGGUUCAGGCAUUCACAUAUACUCCACAUCAGAGUGUGAAUGAGUGACGAAUGUGAAAUAAAACUGUGAAUAAAGUUAUGUUAAAUAAAACAGAAGAAACAAGGCAGUUUGGUCGUAUUUGUUAUUAUUCCGUGAACUGUAACAUUUCUUAUUAUUGUACAAAGCUUUUAUAGAAGUUUUGGGGACCUGGUCAAGAGGGGGUAGUUCGUAGAUCCUAGCUACUGCAGCUAUUCUGGAAUCAGGUGCUACUGUGACCGUUGUGUGUUGUCAAUGACUUAAGGUUACCAUAUCUCAUGCUCUAAGAUCGACGCGCCUUUCUGCUUGGUAUAAUGGUGCCUCACAGCAACAAUGACAACACUGACGACGAAGGACGAUAUGGUAGAGCACGUUAGAUGGAUAUGCUGUAUUCAGUGAAUAUUUACUAUUUGCAUGAUACACAUGAGAGAAUUGUCAGAGCACUUGCUUCGAUAAAUGCCCAUGUGAUAAUGAAUACCACUCAAUCAAUGCAGCACUGCAUUGAUAUCUAUGGUCAUCACUUUGAAUAUUCUGUAAAUGGACGUUCUGCCACCUUCAUUGACCUUACUGUUACACAUCAUUGAAUUUGACUCAAUAGGCACUAUCAAAGAUAAGUACCAAACUGUAGAACACCAUUUUUUUUAAAAAAAGAACAAAGUUGACCUUUAUGUCUCUGAAAUGAGCCCACCUACCAACAAAAAAAAGACGUCAUAGUAUGGCCCGUGUUGUCAUAAUAUUAUGAUCAUCUGCUAAAGAACAUGUUGAUCCACCUUUGGAGCACUAUACAUCAACAAUAUUACAUGGUGUAUACUUGACAAUUUGUUGAUAGGUAUUGAAAGUAUGUUGCACCAUGUGGCAUUACGUAGGUGACUCAAUUACUGUACAGAGUGAGCUGGCACAGUGGUUACCACAGUGGACUCACUUUCAGGAGGACAACUGUUCAAACCUGCAUGCAGCCAUCCUCAAUUUGGUGUUCAUGAUUACCCUAAAUCGCUUUAGUCAAAUGCCAGGAUGGUCCCUUUGAAGUGCCAUGACAAACUUCUUUCCCCAUCCUUCCCUAAUCUGGUAAGACUGAUGGCCAUGCCAUUUGCUCUCCUCCCACAAAUCAACCAACCAACACAUCAAUCAAUCAGCCAGUUCCUCUACAAUUCUGUCUGUUUUUUGUGGGUACAGACCUACUGCUUUAUAGCAUUCUAGGUGUAAUCUAUCUGGUUUACAUCAGGUAAAUUGUGUGCCUCAGACAACGGUGGUAAUUACCAUGCUCCCCAGAACUGUGUGGAGUAAUUUUGAUCAUGCUACAUGGACAGUUAUCCUGCUGGAAGAUGCUUUCACCAUGGAAGAGCACAUCAAGCAUGAAGGAAGUUAGGCAGUGGCAAUAAUGGUCAAGUAGUGUGCAGCUGUCAUGACACAUUUGAUAACUACCAUGUGUCCCAAGGGAGCCCAGGUGAAUGCCCCCAUAGGAUAAUGGUCCUUCCAUCUGCUAACAUCCACCUAGAGUAUGGCAUAUCGGGGCGCAACUGCUGCCCUAUUAUAACAGAAAAUCUCACUAAUCCUUCCAGGUGACAUUUACAUUGACCUACAUUCCAGUCUCACUGACCUCUUGCUCAGUGCAAUUGCGAUUGGAAAUUAUGGUGGAUCAUUGUGGGGACAUGCGGUGGUCAUUUGGUGUGGUGCCUCAUGUUCAACAAUGUGCACUGAAUGGUUCUUUUCCAAAUCAUGUGUGCCUGAACCAGCAUUGUUUUUUGUCAUUAGAUAAGUCACAUAGCAUGCAAAACUCUGAACUCCACAUUUCAUAAUGAGGUGUAGAUGUUGUGCACCAUUUCAUUGGGUUGUGGAUUUUGCACCCUACAGCCACUUUCUACAGAUGUUCACAACAGUCACAUACAUACAACCAGCUUCACCACUUUUGAGAUGCUCGCUCCCAGCUGCCAAGCCAGAACAAAUUGCCCUUUGUUAAAGUCACACAUGUCAUUGGAUUUACAUUUUCGCAACCCAUGUCAUUGGUAGAAUAAUUCCUCAUUGAUUUGUGCUCUGCUUGUAUUCUUAUACUCUCCUUGCUAUCUCAUGUGCUUGCAACAUACGGCAUUAAGUCUCCUGGUGGACAUUGUGCAUAACGUCUUUGCCCAUCAGUGCAUCUUCAUAUAAGUGAGUCAGUAAUAUGUGUAGUCUAUCAAAUUCAUAAUGCUUGGUUUCCCUUUACACCAAUGCACAAUAGCUAUUUUUUUGUGAAAUUCAUUUUCUGUUUCUCAAAGCUCUAAACAGAUUCAGGAAUAAUGUAGAUAAACAUCAUGCACCAAAGCUCUUAAUUACAUGUUCACUGUUUAAUACUGUGUAAGGAUGCACAAAAUUAAAUUGGUAAGCAAACAUUUAAUGUUACAGUGAAACACCAAAAUCUGGAGAAUGUCGGCUUUCACCAGUGAAUGUCAACAUUCACAUGGUCACUUUGUGUAUGCCCGAAGUAUUUGCUAAAUACCCUUAUUUCUGACUUACACCGGUAAAUGUUGACAGUACCAUGCACUAAUAGUGAAUGUUGAACUCGAAGAUUUAUAUUUUCUUUUCUGUAAUUCAAUCGCUAUAAAACAUCACAAGGGUGACAUAACAUUUUCGCCUCUUUUUCUGGAAGGAAUGACCAAGACUUUAAAGUACAUAGUACAUUCUACAGGAGAAAAGAAAAUAAUAGUUAUAAAAAAUUACUUUCUUAUGUGAUUCAAAUCUUAUUUAUUGCAACAACUUAAACCAUAAUGACACUUUGAAUUGCACAAGAGUCCCUUGCUUUUACUACUGCAUUUAUUUGUGGAACAAUUACUAUACAGCUUGUAUAGCCUUGUCCCCCACUUUUCGAAUUAGCUGCAGCUGCCUCUCUCAGCUACAUUUCUUGAAAAGAAAUCUCAUCUGUGGAAAGUAACUUUUCUUUACAAAUUACGAACUGAUUAUGUGUGUAAAGCUGCUUGAGUGUACGAUUUUUAUUUGUCAGUUUAUAGAAGUCGGAGUCUUCUGUUCCAACAACAACCGCUAACACAUUUUGGCUAUCCGUACAACCACGAUCGACAUCAGGGACUUGUAUUCGUACAUUAUCACCAAUUUGAGCAAGAGGAUAUAGUUUUUGUAAGGUUUGUAACAUCUUUGUUGCUUGCAGUAGAAGAUUUUCUUACGCGGCCACUAUUUUCUUAGAAAUCAACUCAUGUUUUUCAGACAGAAUUUGAUGUGAAGGUGUUGUAGUUUGUAGGUCUUCUUCAAUAUUUUUCUUUGGAAUAUGGUUUUCAGUACAACCACCACUCAGUAUAUGGCAAUUUCUUUGAGAUGUUCUUCAGUUUCAAUACUUGCUUUAAUGCCAAACAUAGCUUCAUAAGGGCUUCGUGUUAUGUAGUGUGCUUGACAAAUUGAACAAAGGAUAAACCAUCUGACCAUUUAUUUGUAUUGUUAUUGUUCAUCCAUGCAUUUAGCAUAAUCUGUAUAUCCUGAUUGGCCCUUUCAACUGAGUCUUCCGUUUCACUGAGAUGAGUCUUUCCAUGAACUAUUUUAACAUCUUUCAUCAUAGCACAAAUUUCAGAUAUGACUUGGUUACUAAAUUCUCUACCAUUAUCUGAUUGCAAUAUUGCUGGUGCACCAAAUGUUAAAAAUAUUGGAAGAACGUGAUGCGCUACUUCUUCAGCUCUUUUAGUUUUCAAAUUUCGUAGAUGGACAAACUUAGUUAAAUGAUCUUGAUACACCAUUAUGAACUUAUAUUCACCAACUCUGUUUGACUGCAGAUCUAUCAGAUCAACUUGACAUCUUGAGUUUAAUUCAGAACUAACCACUGGCUUCACAACAAUUUCUUUAUCAGGUGCACUGUGUUUAAAAAAAAUGGUUCAAAUGGCUCUGAGCACUAUGAGACUUAACAUCUGAGGUCAUCAGUCCCCUAGAACUUAGAACUACUUAAACCUAAUUAACCUAAGGACAUCACACUCAUCCAUGCCCGAGGCAGGAUUCGAACCUGUGACCAUAGCAGUCGCGUGGUUCCAGACUGAAGUGCCUAGAACCACUCGGCCACCGUGGCGGGCCAAUGCUUCAUUUGACAUUGUUUGCAUAAAUUUGAAUACAACAUUACAACUUCAUAUGAAAUAUUUUUGUAUUUAACUUGCAACUCUUUAAGCAUAAGUGUUCGUCCUCCAUGGCCAAUUCUGAUGUGAGUUUCAUAUAGUAUACUGUAGAAGUCUUAAUUGUUAACAUAAUACUCUAUGUUCAUUUCCUCUGGUUUUAAUGGUUCAAUUAACUUCUCUUCAUCAUUAAUUUUUAACACAUCAAAACAUUUUAAUCGUCUGUAAUCCAAAGGUGUGUUGCAUUUAAUUUUAGCUGUAACCACUUCAGAAAAUAUUUUAGAAUAUUUUUUUUGAGAAAUAUAGAAACAAUUGUCUUUUCAUUCACCCACAAUUAAUGCAUUUAAAGAUCGAAAUUUUCUGCAGUAUCCAUUUAGUAUAAAUUAGGGUACUGGAAAAAAAUUUAGAAAACAUUGCUCACAUUAUCAAAGUUUGCAUAAGACUGACAAAGCUGAUUGACACUGAGCAGAAAAAAGGAUUUGGUGGGGGAGAGUCGGUCACUUUAUUUUUUAUUAUUCUGUUUUGAACUUCCACUAGAGCAUAUCUGUGAUUGUCGACACACAUUGGAGAGGGUCCGAAUGUACAACAAUGUAAUGAAAUAUUCAAUCUUUCACUGACGCAUUUGAUAUCUGUUGACAUUCACUGGUGUAAGUUGACGUUAUCCAAUUUUGGUCAUUCACGGUAACACAUAUGCAAAAACAACACUUGGGAGAGCUCAAAAUGUGAUUACUAAUUGCCUGAAUGUAAUAUAAAUGAGUAAUUUUAUUGUACUAAAUAAAUAAAUCAAAUGAGCAUUCUU